AUGCCGUCCUCAAUGCUGGAUGUGAGGGAUGACCGCCGUUCAAGAUCGAAAUCUCCAAGUGGUCGCGACAGAGAUCGAUCGAGAUCGCGCUCACGCGACGUCCGAGACCGAGACUCCCCCGAUGAGUACAGUAGCAGGCGAUCGAGCAGGAAAUACACAGACCCACAGGAUGAGCCAGAGCCGGAUCGCGGGUACAAGGACAGACGGUCCAGCAAGAAAUACUACGAGCAGGAGGAAGAAGACGAAGACGACCGCCGCAGAAGUAAAAGAAGCUCGAAGAAAUAUGUGGACGAGAGUGAUGAGGGGGACAAAUAUCGCUCUUACAGGUCGAGCAAGGACCCUCGAGUACAAGAGAUAACACCCUCAGACGACGAUAGGAGAUACGACCGAAAGAAGAAGUCUGACAGUGACUCGGAUCGACGCAGAGAGGAACGAAAGAGGUCUAGCAGGAAGAAGCAUGACGAUUCAGCAGAGAGCGACUCAGAUGCGCGUCGUAGGUACAGAGACAAGGAUUCCAAUCACCAGAAUGGUCACGGAACAUAUGGUUAUCCGCCAGGAUCCUACGCCGAGAUCAGACCCGAAGCAUCUCGCCAUAUGAGUUACAUUCCUAGCGAUCCUCGAUACGCCGCCCCAGGAGCAUUCAAUGGUGGAGGCGCUGCUCAUGCGGCACAACGGACGAAUUCAUACAGCAAUUCUAGCGGUCCCCAGUACGCCAAUCUUGAGCAGUUCAAGUAUGCAGACCCCAGUGAAAUUGCACCGCGGAGACCGGAGUACGAACGUUCUCGUCCAUCAGACUACGAACGGUCCCGCCCUAAAGAUGCUAGGGAUAACGGCAACGACCAGAGGAGCAGCAAGUACGAGACUCGUGCCCCAAAGGACGAGAACCACGACAACGACAGAUAUGAGACUCGAGAGCCUAAGAGCAAGGAUUAUUACGAGGACUAUGACAGACACGGCAGGAGUGACCGGAGACACAACGACGACAAAUAUGGGAACCCACCACAAGACGUAACCAAGAGAAUGUCAGCUUUGGCGGUGGGGAGUGCUGCUCUGGGUGCUGCAACAUUAGGAGUGGCGCGGCACAACUCUCAUGACGGUGGCAAGCCUCCUGCUUCACCGUUACUCGAAGCAUACAAGGGGACAUAUCAAUCCAUCUCACCUAUGCCUUCGGCCUUGGUUCUCGCGAAUCACAAGGGCGAUUCCGAUUUGUCUGACCUCGAACUUGAGCCAGAUGACGACUAUGAUGACGCGGAUGCUGAGCUAAAACGGAAGAUUCGCCAGCUCGAAAAGGAAAAGGAGAAGUACAUGAAGGGACCUAGCAAGAGUGCCAGCCUUGGUGAAACAACCCAGGACGUCCGCCCGCGACGGCCAUCGAAACUUGACACCAAUCUGGACGUUGAAGUCAGGGAACCCGGCAGUGCCAACCGAGACCGCUCACCUUCUCGGAGCAUAAUGUCGCCAGGAGGGGGUAACGGGAGAAGGAAGACGGUCUCCUUCUACGACCCUACUGAAGAUGCCAAACGUAUCGCCGCUGCUCUGUCAGGUACACGGUCUGCACCAGAUCCUCGACCGCUAGUGCAAAUCCUGCCACGUCUUUCAACCGACGAUCUGCUGGCUCUUCGGGCGGAGUACAAGAAUCACGCCAAAGUGAGCGGACAGGGCAUCAACAUGGCCAAGCACAUCAAGAUGCGUAUUCCCGGGAACCUGGGGAAAGCUUGCUAUACGACCGCCUUGGGUCGAUGGGAAAGCGAGGCAUAUUGGGCCAACUCAUGGUACCAAGGGGGUGCAACUCGACGGGAGUUGUUGAUUGAGAGUCUGAUGGGCCGCUCAAAUAGCGACAUCCGCGAGAUCAAGAACUGUUUCAAGGACAAGAAAUACAAUGAUGACCUCGAGAAGUGUAUCCGCACCGAACUCAAAGCUGACAAGUUCCGAGUGGCCAUCUUGUUGGUGCUCGAGGAGAGACGAAUGCCAGAAUCGUCGCCAUUGGACAUCCGACUCAUCAAGGAGGAUGUGGUGCAUUUGGCCGAAGCCCUGGAGUCGAAGGGCGGCGAGACGGACAUGAUCAAAAUCAUCGUUCUGCGGAGCGAUGCUCAUCUACGCGAAGUGCUCAGGUUGUUUGAGCGCACAUACGGCGUCAACUUUGCAAGGCAGAUGAUUUCCAAGUCGAGGAAUUUGGUGGGGGAGACAUUGGCACACAUAUUGAACGGUGCAUUGAAUCGCCCCAUGCGUGACGCACUUCUUCUUCACCAGGCUAUUAACGAGACAGCGCCGGGCAAAGAACGGACAGAGUUGUUGAUUUCCAGACUUGUCAGAAUGCAUUGGGAGCCAAAGCAUCUGGAAAAAGUGAAAGCCGUAUAUAAAGAGCGAUAUGGGCGCAGCGUGGAGGAGGAGGUCAAGAGGGAGGUUUGGGCGCAGAUGAAGACGGUGGAAGGGCGGUUCUGUGCUGAGUUUUGCAUCGAGUUGGUUAGGAGCAGUUCAACGUAG